UUAUUUGUAGUGGCAAGUCUUUGUACCCAUCCCCAUCCCAUGGCAAGCUUUUUCUGCAAGUUUAUAGGGGUCCUCACGCGCAUCCUUCUACCUUACGAGAGUAUGAGCAUCAGAGUCACAGUCACAACCAAGAUUUUUAUUGUCAAGAAUCCCUUUCCCUUCACGCUCAGCAUUGGAUUCCUUUUUGUUUCACCCUUCACGCUUAGCAUUCGAUUCUUUUGAGUCAUUUUGUUUUGGCCGUGUACAGGACCAUGGUUGCCACAAUAGUUUUUGCUCCUUUCGCCUUUUUUCUUGAAAGGAAUUCGCGAACCAAAAUGACCUUUCCAAUAUUUUGUCAGAUUUUUGCUCUUAGUCUAUUGGGGCCACUCAGUAAUAAUUUCUAUUACGUGGGUUUGAAAUUUACAUCUCCCACAUUCGGAAGCGUAAUGAUUAACCUGGUUCCUGUUACUACUUUUGUGAUUGCUUUUAUCUUCAGAAUGGUGAAGAUAAGAAUUGGAGAGAUACCCAGUCAAUCAAAGAUAGGGAGUGGAGUAAUGUUGACGUCCUUUUACAAAGGACCUAUUGUUCCCAUGCCUUGGCCUUCACAUGACCAUUUGAAGAAUGACAGUAUUAAUGAUAUUGUGAAAGGUUGUCUUUGUUUAUUUACAUCGAACCUUUGUUGGGCUUCCUUGUUUGUUUUUCAGGCUUGGGUUCUCAAGAAGUAUCCCGCACCUCUUUCCCUUACUACCCUAGUAUGCUUGAUGGGAUUGUUACAGUCAACUAUUGUCACCUUGGCUGUUGAACGACGUCCAUCUGCCUGGGCAAUUAGAUUCAAUAUGAAACUUCUUACAGCUGUGUAUUCUGGAGUGAUAAUUACGGGGGGUGCAUAUUAUCUUCAAGGAUUGUGCAUGAAGAUAAAGGGGCCUGUAUUUGUUACUGCGUUCUUUCCAACGGGUACGAUAACUACAGCGAUCAUGGACUCGUUUAUUCUUCAUCAAAGAAUCUAUUUGGGCAGGCUUUGUACUGGAAGCAAUGGUGAUAGUAAUAGGAUUGUAUGCUGUUUUAUGGGGGAAAGUGAAGGACACAGAGCAAACAUGUAG